AUGGCGGACAUCAAAGGAAAGCGAACCGACCAUAACCUGAAGGCACCACCCCAUAGCCCUAGGGGGGCCCAAACACCGUCGAACAAGAGUCGUCUUACCCUCGACGAUAACAAGGAUAGCGUUUUUGAAGAUGAGAAGGUAAGAUCGUCAAUCGAUAUCGAGACCGCGCCCACGGGCAAGACCCAGGAGCCUGAGCCUCUCGAAGCUGUGGAGUAUCCCAGGGGAAUGAAGUUGUUCUUCAUUCUCAUUGCGGUCAUCUUGAGCAUCUUCCUGGUGGCAUUGGACAUGACCAUAGUGGCCACUGCCAUACCUCGUAUCACGGAUGAAUUCAAGAGUCUCGAUCAGGUCGGUUGGUACGGCAGUGCGUUCUUUCUCACUGUUGCGGCUUUCCAGUCAACUUGGGGAAAAGCGUACAAGUACUUUCCUCUCAAGACGGCCUUCCUCUGUUCCAUUGCUGUAUUCGAGUUGGGUAGCUUGAUUUGCGCCGUCGCGAAGAACAGCACAGCUCUCAUCGUUGGCAGGGCCAUCGCGGGUGCUGGUGGUGCAGGCAUUGCCGCUGGCGCAUAUACCAUCAUUGCAUUCACCGCACCACCUGGCCAGGCUGCCGCGUUUACGGGUAUUCUCGGUGCUGUUUACAGUAUCGCUAGUGUCGUCGGUCCCUUACUUGGAGGAGCAUUCACUGAUAAUGUAUCAUGGAGGUGGUGCUUCUACAUCAACCUGCCCAUCGGUGGUGUCUCUGCCGCCAUCGUGUUUUUCUGGUUCCAUACUCCAAGCACCGCAAAGCCCGUCGAGGCUCCACUCAAGGAGAAGAUCCUCCAGAUGGACCCGGUUGGCACCGGCGUUCUCAUUGCAGCCUUCACAUGCCUGAUCCUCGCCCUUCAGUGGGGAGGCACGACAAAGCCCUGGGACUCUGCUGACGUGAUCGGUGUGCUCGUCGGUUUCGGCGUCAUCAUCAUCGCGUUCGUGGUGUUCGAGUGGUGGCUUGACGACCGAGCGCUCAUGGUCCCCAGGCUCCUGAAGCAAAAGACCAUCAUGCUGCUCAGCGCAUUCCAGUUCUUCAACUCUGGUCUCUUCAUGUUGCUGCUGUACUACCUCCCCAUCUACUUCCAGGUUGUGUCGGACGUCUCGGCCGCACAGUCAGGCAUCCGCAACCUGCCAUUCAUCCUCGGCAUCGCGCUUCUGACAAUCGCUUCCGGUGGCAUCAUCACAGUAACAGGGCACUAUCUCCCGCUCAUCCUCCUCGGCAGCAUCCUCGGCACCGUCGGCGCCGGCCUCAUCUACACCCUCGGCCUGCACAGCCCGUCCUCGGAGUGGAUCGGGUACCAAGCACUCGCCGGCAUCGGCAGCGGUCUAGGAAUCCAAGUCCCGAUCAUCGUGGGGCAGGGCAUCGUGGACCCGAUCGACGUGAGCAGUAUCACGGCCAUCAUCAUCUUCUGGCAGACGGUGGCGGGCGCCAUUUUCGUCAGCGUCGGGCAGAGCCUGUUUGCGAACGAGCUGAUUUCCUCCGUCAAAAAGAACUUGCCGGGUGUUAACCCUGGGCUGGUUGUUUCGACGGGCGCGACGGAGCUACGACAUGUCUUCGGGCCCGACCAGCUGCCGGCCGUGAUCAGGAGUUAUAUGGACGGGCUGAAGAAUGCUUAUGUGCUUGGGAUUGCGCUAGAGGGUGUUGCCGUGCUGAUUGUUUUCAUUAUGCUGGUUGUUGAUCGCAGGGUCCUGAAGAAGGGCCAUGUUGGCGGUGCGGCGUAG